AUGCCGUCACGCGACGGGUCGGAUGUCCACUCGCCGCUGCUACUACCUACCCAUGUCAACGAACGUCACUCACCGAGGCCUCUCAAAUCACAUGCGCCGCGUACGAGGCGAUGGCUUCAAUUCUACGGAACUGCGAUCAUCACUGGUAUUGCCUUUCACCUUGUGUUGGUUGGCCUUGGGUCUACAGAGGUAGUUCGGCAACGGGUGCCGGCAUCCGUUGGCGAUUGGCUUCCUGGUGGUCCCAAAUCGAGCGAGGGCAUUCCUCCGCCAAAGACGCAGGCCCAGAAGAUCGCUGAAGAGGAGGCGCCAUGGACGAUGGACCAAAUUCGGCAGAUGGUUGGCCGUACCAAAGGCUACUACGCCCGCGACUAUAGCUUAGGUUUGGGCUGGAAUAACGUCCGAUAUAUCUUCGAGGCUUCGCUGUUGCAUGCCCAGUUGCUUAACCGCACCCUUGUCCUCCCUUCGUUCAUCUACGCUCGUGCUUGCGAGUGGGAUAUUCAAGUAUGUGCAUCUUUUGCUCCUAUGGUCAACCGAGGGGAUGCUAUCGGCUGGGGGGAAUGGCGUAAUUUGCCGAUCGAGAAACAGAUGGGAUGGCGUAUUCCAAUAGGGGUCAUGCUCGACAUGAACCAUCUGCGUAAAGCACAUCCAGUUGUCACCGUUGCCGAAUAUCUGCAACUCAACGGCAUGUCCCCCUCGAUCGAGUGGUCAAACGGCGCUUGGCAUAGGGAGAUGUACCAAAACGACGGGAAGAUAUCGAUCCAUGAGAUUCCAAAUAACGAAUACGAUCCUAAGCUACGGUACGCGUUGAAAUUCAUGGACUUGGAGGAGGCCGCAAAGGCUCUGAAAGAUCGUGUGGUAAUCUCCGGAGAUGACCAGCUCGAGGCAUUCCUUCGCGAACAUGGGUGGGAGGUUUUACAUACCUAUCGCGGCGCGCUUGGUAUGGACUAUACCAAGAGUGUUGUAGAGCCCAUCAAGCAAGUCGCUCCUCGAUCCCGCCUACGCGGCAUGUUUGACGAUUACAAUCACAUAAAUGAAGAGGUACUGAUCCUCGCUGGGGAGACUCACCUCAACCGUAAGCCUGGUGGUCUUCGAUUUGUCCAUCCCGAGCAACAGGCUCAUUUUGCUUCAACCGUCUUGCACGACAUGCGUCCUACCGGCCCCGUUCGUCGCCUGGCCAUGAAACUUCAUGAGCGUAUGCAAAAGAUUGUUGGAGGCAGACAAUGGAUGGGUGCCCAUAUGCGUCGUGGGGAUUUUGUUGAUCAAGGCUGGGUGAUGGAGCACAGUAUAGAAGGCCACUUGAGUCGAAUCACGCAACGGUUAAGCAAUGGCCGAAAAAUUCUCCAGGAAAUCUACGACACCAAGCAAAUUCAGAUAUACGAAGUUCCAAAUGUCGAGCCAGAGCGGGAUAUAUUUGACCGACCUCCACCGCUGGAAAGCGAUUCAUUCUAUCUUGCUACCGACGAACGUUCAAGAGACGGACUUGGUUAUAUUCGAAGCAAUGGUGGGGUAUUGAUUGAGGACCUGCUUACCUUGGAAGAUCGUCAAGAGUUUGGGUGGCCGAUCAUGAUUACCGAUGUCCUUGCGAUUAUCGAGCAAACGGUCCUCAGCCAUUCAGCCUACUUUUACGCCCACGCGAUGAGUAGUGUUGGCGGUGGCGUUGUGAAUAUGCGCGCAUCGCGAGGGGCUGACAAAAGAACUGCGUUGAUUGAUUAA